AUGGCAAGACGACAGAAACAUGAGCCAGAAAAUGAAGAUGAUAUAGAAGAGACAUUAAUUAGUCAAUUCGAGACAACAUUAACUAUUCGUCCUACAUCCAAUGAUAUUGAUGAACCGGAAGAUAUAUCUAUUGAUCAUACAGUAUUAAAUAAUAAUACUACUAUUAAUUAUACUCGAGAUCAAAGUAUCGUAGAUAUUCAAGAAUUAGAAGAAGAAGAAUUGAUUCUGGAACAAAUUCCUAAAUUUAAAACUAAUAGGAGGUAUAGUCUACAACCUAAAUAUGCACUUAAAUCAUCCAGUUCAAGUUCAAGUUCAAGUUCAAGAUUAGAAGAUUCUAUUGAUACUAAAUAUCAAUCGAUUUUAAAACCAUCUAUAUUAAUAGAUCAUUCAUUAACUAGAUUUACUAAAGCAUUUGAUGAUUUUAUAGAUUCAAAUCCUCAUAUAAAAUCAGAAUCUCCUAGAUAUUCUCAUGAAAUGGAUCAAACUUUAAUUAUAUUAUCACCUUAUUCUUCAGAACAUGCAUUUGGAAGAAAUUGGGUAUCUAAAUCUUAUCUUUCAACUAUCUUUGAACGUCCUCAAAGAUUAUUAGCAUCAUGUAUUGGAGUUGCCUCAGCAUUAACUAUGUAUCCAUUUUAUUAUAAAAUAAUAAAUUCAACAAAGAGAAGUUCAAUAUUUUCAUCUCAUGUUCGAAAGAUUCAUGGUAAAAAUUGGCCAAAGAAAUUAUUUGAAUUAUGUUUAGAAAGUCAUGAUAAAUUAAUUAACGAUCAGUUAGAAGUUCCAGAAGAUUGGAAUACUGGUGAUAUUUAUUUAAACCCAAAGACUAUUAAUGCUCUUGAAGGAGUGAUAGGGACUAUUGAAACUGCUGUUGAUUCACUUUAUAAUGAUGGAACUAUUAAUAAUAAAAAAACUCAUAAUUUGGCAUUUGUAGUUAUUAGACCUCCAGGUCAUCAUUCUCAUGCAUGCUUACCUAGUGGGUUUUGUUUAUUAAAUAAUGUUCAAAUUGGUAUAGAAUAUGCAUUUGAAACUUAUGGAAUAUCUCAUUGUGUUAUAUUAGAUAUAGAUUUACAUCAUGGAGAUGGAUCUCAAGAUAUUUGUUGGGAAAGAGCUGGAUUUCAAGGAGAUUAUGGUCAAGAUGAAGAUGAUGAAAUUAAUGAUCCAAAAUUAAAUCCUCGAGAUGAUUAUGGUAAAAGAUUUGCAACUUAUCCAAAAGUUGGAUAUUUUUCAUUACAUGAUAUAAAAUCUUAUCCUACAGAAUUAGGUUAUGCAACUAAAGAAAAUAUUAAAAAUGCUUCAACUUGUAUAAUGGAUCAUGAUUUAAAUAUUUGGAAUGUUCAUUUGCAACAAUGGAAUAAUGAAGAAGAGUUUUAUAAACAUUAUCAAACUAAAUAUGUGGCAAUUUUAAAUCGAGCUAAUCAAUUUUUAAAUACGGCUAAAAAGCAAUAUGAACAAGAUUAUCAACAAUAUCUUAAUGAUUCUACUAAAUAUAAUAAAUAUUUACUUAAACCUCAUUUAUUUAGUCAACCAAUUGCCAAACCAGUGGCUCCUUUACCAUUUAAACCAUUAAUUACUAUAUCAGCUGGAUUUGAUGCUCUGGAAUAUGAAAAUCCUCAAAUGCAACGUCAUGGUAUAAAUGUUCCUACAUCAUUUUAUGCAUCAUUUACUAAAGAUGUUGUUAAAUUAGCUAAAAUUCAUACUAAUGGUAAAGUAAUUUCAUUUUUAGAAGGAGGUUAUAGUGAUGGAGCUUUAUCUACGGGAAUAUUUUCUCAUUUAAUUGGAUUAGUUAAUGAUGAUGAAGUUACUUGGAAUGAUACUUGGGGUUUAGAUCAAGUUAUGAAAGAAUUAGUUAAAGGAUGUAAAAAAAAUUGGCUUCCUUAUAAGAAACCUCAAAGUGAUAUUACAAUUUGGGCUAAUGAAGUUAUUAAAUUAGGAAGAGCUAUGAUGCCUAAUGCAAUAUUACCUGCCAAUUAUAUUUAUCAAUAUCAAUCAGAAUCUGAAAUAAUAGACAAUGGUGAAGGUCAACAUGAACCAGUUAAUAAAAUGGUUAAAGAAAUUAUGGAUUAUCAUCAUCCUACAAGAGUAUUAGAAGUAUCCAAGAGUCCAAUAAAGGUUGAUCCUGAAGAUGAGAGAAAACUUAUGAGACAUACGAGAUCAUAUUAUAAGAAGCUUGCUACAGCUCAGAAACAACAACAAGUCCAAGAUGAAGGACCAAAGUAUAAAUAGCUUACAUAAUAAUAUCUCUACAUAACCCACAUACAUAACCCACUUACAUAAUACAUAUACAUACAUAGAUAAAUCUGACCCUGCUUUUAUUCAUGGUCCAUUGCCCGAUUAGGUAAAGAGACAGACGUUAUUACCCGAUUGGGACUUGGGACAAUGUCGCGACGAGGGAG